AGUAAACAGAUGUCUAGUAGAAGAAGACAGCCCCAUGAGAAAGCAGAGGGCGCGAACGGAAAUGAUUAUGGGUUUGUGUUCUUCUGCUAAGUUAGCCUAAGGAGUGCUGUAAUCGAAAAUGUCCAAACGACGAAACAGCUCGCUAAAUGACAACCCCAGUAAACGAGUCAGAUCUGCGAGGGAGGAAGAGGAGCGAGACGAAAAUGUUGACGACAGUGAAGUAGACGAUCUUCUGACGGGACCGCUGCUGGCUGCGGGUGAGGUAGUAAGUGAUGCUGGGAUCGUGGAGAGCAUCACCCUCAAGAACUUCAUGUGCCAUUCGCUCCUAGGUCCCUUUGCAUUUGGCUCAAAUGUAAACUUUGUUGUUGGAAAUAAUGGAAGUGGGAAAAGUGCCAUUCUAACAGCUCUUAUUGUUGCCCUUGGUGGAAAUGCACAAGCUACAAACAGAGGUGUGGCACUCAAGGGCUUUGUCAAGGAAGGUGAAAGUUCUGCAGAAGUGUCCAUUACUCUGCGUAAUAAAGGAAGAGAUGCCUUUAAACCUGACGUAUAUGGCUCAUCAAUUACAAUAGACAUGAGAAUAUCACACGAUGGGCUGAGAACUUAUAAAUUGAAAAGUAAAGCAGGUCAAGUUGUUACCACCAAAAAGGAUGAACUUUUAUGUAUCUUGGAUAACUUUAAUAUCCAGGUCAAUAACCCUGUGUCCAUUCUUACACAAGAAAUGAGUAAAUACUUCCUUCAUUCCAAAGGAGAGGGGGACAAAUACCAGUUUUUCAUGAAAGCUACUCAGCUGGAGCAGAUGAGAGAAGACUUUGUCCACAUCAAAUCAACAAAGUCUGUUACAGAAGAUAAAGUUGAACAACACAGUGAGUUACUGAAGGACUUGAAGCGUAAAUAUCUUGAAAAAGAAGACCGCUACAAAAGUCUGGCAUCUCUGGAUGAAAUGCACACCAAACUUGAGGAACUGCAGAAACAAAUGGCCUGGGCUUUGGUGCUGGAAAUGGAGAAGGAGCUGGAACCAUUGAAAGAGAAGCUUGGAGCUGACAAGAAGUCAACAAAGAAAUAUGAUGAGAAAGUAGAAGAAUGGAAGAUUAAGAUUGAAGAGGCAGAGAAAAGCUACAAACAAACCCAAGAACAGUUAGAAAAGAUCACUCUGCAAGUCCAAGAGCUUCAACCUAAAUGUGCUGAGCUUAAAGCCGAAACUCAGAGACUCUAUUCUCUUCUGAAAUCCAGCGAGCUCACUGUUCACAGAUGCAGGGCAAACCUAAGAGAUCUAGAAAAGGAUAAAAUUCAACUCUCAACAAGAAUAAAUGAUUUGAAGCUGAGCAUUAGUCAGACCACAGGAGCUGAGAGCCAGGCCAGGAUGGAGAAAAUACAACAGAUUAAGACAGAAAUUGAAAACCUGAGACACCAAAUCUCCACUCUGGGGCAGCAGAUUGAUCAGUACCAACACGCCUGUGGCCGGGCCAAAGAAGAGCAAGCAAAGAUGAGGCGAGAGAAUGAUGCCCUUACCAAGUCCAUGGUAGCCAAUAGGAGAAACCUUCAAACAUUGGAGAGCAGUCGUUCCAAUCGUCUGCGCCGCUUUGGAGAACACAUGCCUGCUCUUCUUAAUGCCAUUCAGGAGGCUCACCGCAGAGGCCAGUUCAGACAUAUUCCUCGUGGACCUUUAGGUUUUCUAGUCAGCCUGAAGGACCCAGACCAUGCCUUAGCAGUGGAGGUGUGCUUUAAAAGUCUUUUGCUGGCCUUCAUAUGUGAUAACCAUGACGAUGAGAAAGUACUGCAAGGGCUUAUGGCUCGAGUGUUCCCAUCAGGACGAAGGCCCACCAUUAUAACCAGCACCUUUUUGCCAAAGGUGCAUGACACAACGAGGAGAGGUGUGAAUCAUCCGGAGUAUCCCUCUGUGCUUCAAGCACUGGAGAUCGAGGACCCAGCUGUAGCCAACUGCCUUAUUGACCAAAGGGGCAUUGAAACUGUUCUUCUUAUAAAGAAUCGUACAGAAGCAAGAAGAGUGAUUCAAGGCCGAAACCCUCCUCAAAACUGUACCCAGGCCUUUUCUAAAGAUGGUGAUCAGAUCUUUCCUAACCGCAGUUAUGCAGCAGAACAGCAAAGGGCCAACUACUUGUCUGGGGAUGUGGAGGAGGAGAUAAGACACUUGCAGAGAGAGCUAGAAAACCAGACUGGCCAGUCGUCUCGCUUUAACCGACAGCUGAAGAAGAUGGAUGAUGAUGUAAGACAAAACGAUUCUUUGCUGAGAAGAGCACAUGCAGAGCAGAGAUAUGUCGAAAACAAGAUCACGAAGUUGCAGCUUGAGCUCACUGACCUGCAAAAUGUGGAAGAGCCCCAAUCAGAAGAUCUUAGUCCUUUGGAGGAAGAUCUUCAGGAUAUUGUUUCAAAAAUCACUUCCAAACGCACAGAGUAUGAAGAAGCAAAGAUUCAGAUGGCUGACCUAAAGGCAUCAUAUGAUAAGGCAGAGCGGAAGUACAAGCAGCACAAAGACCAGAUAAACACUAUCGCUGAGGAAGCAGACUUUGUCAAAGAUGAGCUCGGUAAAACUGAUCAGGAAGUGUUGAAGUGCAGACAUCAUAAAAAACACUAUGAUGAAAAACGUGCUGCUCAUCUGAACAAUAUACAAACUCAGGAAAAUAAUCUCAACAGCAAAGAGAACGAGCUAGAGGCUUCAAUUGCCAAAGCUUCAGAGAUCUGUGCAGAGCGUCUGGAGGUGCGCCGAACGGCCCGCAGUCUGGACACCGAGAUCAACCGCCUCAAAGUUAAGAUUAGCACUCAACAGGAGCAACAAGGCGACCGUGAGGAAGUUGUAAGGCAGUACCAUGAGGCUCUGGAGAACUAUAAAAACAUGGCACAACAGAUGAAGAACCUCAACAGCUUCAUCAAAAGCCUUGAUAAUGUUCUGAACGACAGACUGCAGGUUUACGCUGAGCUCAGAAGAUUUCUUUCUGCUCGCUGUAAAUACUACUUUGAUAGCAUGCUGGCUCAAAGAGGCUACACAGGAACCAUGACAUUCAACCACAAGGAUGAAACCCUCUCCAUUUCGGUUCAGCCGGGUCCAGGGAACAAGGCUGACCUGAGUGACAUGCGCUCACUGUCUGGAGGCGAGCGCUCCUUCUCCACCGUCUGCUUUGUUCUCUCACUCUGGGCCAUCACUGAGGCACCUUUUCGCUGUCUUGACGAGUUUGACGUCUAUAUGGACAUGGUGAACAGGAGGAUUUCUAUGGACAUGAUGCUGAAGGUUGCUGCUGGACAGCUUUACCGACAGUUUAUUUUCCUCACUCCGCAGAACAUGGGAUCUCUUCCGGUGAGUAAAAUCAUCCGUGUCCUGCGCCUCAAAGAUCCAGACCGUGGCCAGAGCGCUGCAUUGGGACCAGCCAACCAUGAAAACCAGUAGCUUUUUUUUGAGGUUCUGUGUUAUUGUAACAGCUAUAUUUUAAGUAAUUAUACAUUGAUAUAAAAAAUAAAUAGGUUUUGACACACGUUUCUU